AUGGGCGUAGUCGCCUUGGGUGCGCUCAGCUCCGGUGUCCUGGGUACCAUUGAUACCUGCCCUUCCGAUAGCCCUCUCAGCUGUCAGACUGACAACGAGGCCUCCUGCUGCUUCGAAUACCCCGGCGGCUCCCUCCUCCAAACCCAAUUCUGGGACACCGACCCUUCCACCGGACCCAGUGAUUCCUGGACCAUUCACGGUCUCUGGCCCGAUAACUGCGACGGCACCUACCAGGAGUACUGCGACGACUCGCGUGACUACACCAACAUCACGGAGAUCCUUGAGGCCCAGGGCCGUACCGAGCUACUCGACUACAUGAACACCUACUGGGUGAGCGACGACGGAAGCGACGAGACCUUCUGGGAGCACGAGUGGAGCAAGCACGGAACCUGCAUCAACACCAUCGACCCCAGCUGCUACACCGACUACACCGCCGGGGAAGAGGUCGGAGACUUCUUUGCCACGACUGUCUCAUUGUUCAAGACCCUGGACUCUUACACUGCCCUCGCCGACGCAGGCAUCACCCCCAGCUCAAGCAAGACCUACAAGCUCAGUGACAUUGAGGACGCCCUCGCUGCCAUCCACGACGGUUACGCGCCCUACGUCUACUGCAGUGACAAGAAGCUAUCCCAGCUUUACUACUACUUCAAUGUCAAGGGCAAUGCGGUCGAUGGAACCUAUGUUGCGGCUGAGCGAUUGGAGACCACCAACUGCCCUAGCUCGGGGAUCAAAUACCUUCCCAAGUCGAGCUAG